AAGGUAACGUGAGUAAACAGCUGAUUGCGAAUGUUGUGAUUAAUUUUCUUUACAAAAAAUUAAAUUUUGUUUAUUAAUAUUAGUACAAACUAAUAAAGUCCAUACAACAUGCGCCGUCGCGUUGGCCUGGGAGCCAUUCAGCAACAAAAACUAGCCGCAGAGAAGUAUAAGGACAAGGGCACAGAUCUGCAGGAAAAUCAACUCGAACAAAUGACCAAACAAAUGGAAGUUUUCCGGGUGAAACUGGAGGAAUUUGCAAUGAAACACAAGGAGGACAUACGCAAGAACUCCCAGUUUCGUAAACAGUUUCAGGAAAUGUGUGCCGCCAUCGGAGUUGAUCCUUUGGCCACGGGGAAAGGAUUCUGGAGCGUACUGGGCAUGGGUGACUUCUACUAUGAACUUGGUGUCCAGGUGGUGGAAGUUUGCCUGGCUGCGAAUCAUAAAACUGGUGGCCUUAUGGAACUAGAUGAACUGCGACGACGACUGAUUGCCGCCAGGGGUCAGAGUUCUGUGCACCAGGAGAUCACCAAAGAGGACAUCCUCAUGGCCGCCAAGAAACUCAGUAUUUUUGGCAAUGGCUUUGUGGUGCAUAAACUGGGCAAGGGGAAGUACAUAGUCCAGUCCAUUCCUGGAGAGCUGAGCAUGGAGGAGACCAACAUACUAAAUGCCGCCUCCAAUACCGAACAAGGAUUUGUUACGCAAAGUCAGCUCAUAAAUGACUUAGGAUGGACGGACUAUCGCGCCCAGCAGUCACUGGACAAGGUACUCGGCGAGGGUCUCUGUUGGAUUGACAAGCAGUCGGAGGAUGAGCCCACCUAUUGGUUUCCCAGUUUGUUUCCCGGUCGCAAUGCACAGGCAACAGCCGCCUCGUAGUUUCCUUGCUCCGAUAAAAAUAAUUUAAUCUGUACAAUUAUCGCAAUCAUAAAAUAUAUCUUUGUACAACUGUAAAAUGAACGGUUAGGUCUAGAGAGUCUGCCGGAAGCUAUCACC